ACACUGUUGUCUAUAAUCAUAAUCUGUUGUCAGUUCACCUACGCAAAGUUAUGUUGUAAUUUCCAAAAGUAGGUUAUUUCACCUUAAGGGUUAUUUCUUAAUGUUUGUUUACUGAACAACUAAUAUGUAGAAAAACUUUUUGACCUAUAAAUAUAAAAGUUUAUUUCCUCAAAACAAUGGGUGUUAGUUUUUCUGCAAAUAAGAUAGUGUCUAGUGUUACAGAUUAUGUAUCAGGAGUAAAACGUAAACGAGAAAAUACUGAAGAUGAAGAAAUUCAAAAAAUUAUUGACAUAGCUUUACAUACACCUAAAAGGAAAAAGUUAGAGAGUACUACUAAAUACAUAUAUCAAGCCUUAUUUGAAGAAGGAAAGAAUUCUGAUGUAACAGUUUGUGCCUUGGAUGAGGAGUUCUACCUCCAUAAAAUAUAUUUAUCACAAAGCCCUUAUUUUGCAAGUAUGUUUGGGGGAUCUUGGAACGAGUCAACAAAAAACUACAUCAAUAUUGAUGUAGUGAAUCCUCUCAUAACAGUUGAAUCUCUGAGAGUUGUCUUUGGAUCACUAUAUGAUAACGAAAUAAUUUUGAAUCCGCUUAGUAUUGUUCCCAUAAUAGCCACUGCUACUAUGUUCCAAUUAGAAACACUCAUUGAAAAGUGCACAGAAGUUAUGUUAGAAACAAUUAAUCCAAAGACAUCACUGGAUUAUUAUAAUGCAGCUUGUCAGUACGGUGUUAUAAAACUACAAGAAGUGUGCUUCAAGUGGUUCUUGGUGAAUCUUAUGACUUAUUACUUUACCCAUCCUCUCACAAACUUGAAGACUAUUCCUAUUGAUUUGAUGGAAAAGUUGAUAUCUCACCCAGACCUCUUUGUAAUGCAGACAGAGUACUCUAUAUACGUUAUGUUAAAGUAUUGGAUGUAUCUGCGUAUGAAUGACGAAUGUCCAGUUCAGGAAAUAUCUAGUAAAACAAUAAAUACUUAUUUUUCAUCAAGAAAAGGUGAGCUUCCCUUCCUUCUCUCCAAUGAAGGAAAAAAAUUCGCGCCAGCUUUCAGAGGUCUGAGGUUACAUAAUUUAUUAUCACAAAAACAGGAUAUAGAACUUAUAUUUCAAGAUAACAUAAUCCCUCAGUUUUGGAUAAAUCCGAUAGUAAUGCAACAAUGGAAAGAUGUCCUGCGAGUUGAUCAAAAUGAAGAUAAAGGUCCUAAUAAUAUAGAGAAUGAAUUCUUCUUGCACAAUAGUUUGAGAUGUGGUAGAGUACUCAAAGUGAAGGAGAGACAUGUAUGGAGGUGGACAGGCUUCCAUUUUGGUAUGGAUUUAAUAAUGUUUACAGAUGGGGUAACAUUAUCUAUUAAACGUAAUAAUAGAUCUGAAUAUGGCCAGUUGUUGAGCCUACAGAGUACAAGAUAUGUCGUUAUAAGGGUAACAGUUGCAAAACUGAAUGAACAAGGCCAGAUUGAAUAUAGCAAAGAAACUGAGAUUUUGAACAUAGCUCUGACAAAGGGAGAAGAGUAUGAAUUGUUGAAAUUAGAUGAGAGUUUAGAAUACCCAAUAAUAAUAUCUGCUAAUAUUCAAUACACAUCGCCUGAUGUUGUGUCAUCAGAAGGAAAGCAACUAAGUAUAACACAAGUGGUGCCUUGAAUUUUCGUCUUCAAAUUCCAGCUAUCAAGGAAACGUUCUUGAUCAUGGUGUUCACUUUUUCAUUAUUGCAUUUGAAAACAUUCCGAAAUAAAUAUGGUCUUCUUGAAAUGAAAUAAUAUGGAGCAUGCAGAUUCAAAUUUACCUUUUGAAGUAUUUAAUUCAAACCAUAAAUUUACCAAUGGUCUGACUGGAUAUUUGAGACAAGAUUCUUUACCUAUAAUUAUUAUUGUAAUGUAUUAUAUUGUGUACAUUGUUUUUCGCAAUUUGUUAUCAAAUAAACAUUUUUCUAUAGAAAUUUAUAUUAUAAUGAUAAUAAUAUAAUUCUACUUUAUAUUUUAUAAUAUUUUUGCGACUUUAGCUACAUGUUAAUCAAAUUAUCCAUGAGAUUUUUUUCAGUAUAGGAUUUUGUUUAACUCUUUUUCUUAUCCCUUGUAGCGAAACGGACUGAUUUUUCUUGAUGAGGGUUAUUUCUUUGAAGAUAUCGACAUGAAUGGUUCUAUUUUUUGACUUGGUAUAUUAUAAAAUUUUUUUUUUAUGAAAUUUUUCCAUAUAAGUAUCGUAAUAAUGAUCAGUAGUUUGUUACCAAUAUAUUGUUUAUUGUACACUAAAAAUAAUCUCUAAUUUUUUUUGUUAGCAAAAUUUGAUGAAAUUUUAUUUUGUUAUGGGCAAAUGUUUAAAAUUUAUUAUUUUCUUCAGAUAUAUUUGUGAUUAUAUAAUUUUUGUUACUAAUGCUAGUCAUGAUCAAUUAAAACUCGAAUUAUAUUAUA